CGAGCCUCAACACAAAGACCGCAUUCCGCCGCCAUUCGCCAUUCGACCUUCAAACGAUGCUCACGGCCUGUCGCAGCUAACCGCCCACCAUGCAGGUCUACUCCGAGCUCACCCCGCCCACCGCCGUCACCCACUCCGUCCACUGCUCCUUCCUGGGCCCCAAAUCGCACAACCUCGUUGUCGCGAAGACAUCGCUGCUCCAGAUCUUUGAGCUUAAGUCGGUCGUCACCGAGGUCAAUCAGCCUGCCAAAGAUGGCCCGACUCCCACCUCGCCGGGCGCUGACGCCUCCGAGCCCGCCGACAUCUUCGUGCAGCGCACCGAGCACACUACCAAACUCGUCCUCGUGGCCGAAUAUCCCCUCGCUGGCACUGUUCUCUCAUUGGCACGUGUAAAAGCGCUUGAUACCAAGUCUGGCGCCGAUGCCCUUCUCAUUGCGUUUCGCGACGCGAAACUGAGUUUGGUCGAAUGGGAUCCGUCCAACCACGCCGUCUCCACCAUCUCGAUACACUUUUACGAGGGCGAGGAGCUGCAGGGCAGCCCGUGGGAUGCGGAUCUGGAUCAAUACCACAACUUCCUGGCCGCCGAUCCAAGCAGCAGGUGCGCGGCUCUCAAGUUUGGCGCGCGUCAUUUGGCCAUCUUGCCUUUCCGACAGCUGGGCGACGAUCUCGUUGAGGGAGAUUAUGAUCCGGACUUUGACGAGCCGAUGGACGCGCCAGCAGCAAAGGAAAAGGCGGCCAAUGGCGAAGACGGUGCCGCGCAGACCCCCUAUAAAGCAUCUUUCGCCCUUGCAUUGCCUCAGUUGGAUCCGACCCUGACCCAUCCUGUACAUCUCGACUUUUUGCAUGAGUAUCGUGAGCCAACUUUCGGUAUCAUCUCGGCGUCGAAAGCAGCGGCUGCCUCACUGCUCCACGAACGGAAGGACGUCUUGAAAUAUACCGUCUUCACCCUCGACCUGGAAGAAAAGGCAUCCACAGCCCUACUUUCCAUUUCUGGACUGCCCUAUGAUACCUCCAGAGUUGUUUCCCUGCCUCCUCCCGUGGGAGGUGCUCUGCUUGUGGGCGGAAACCAGAUCGUUCAUGUUGAUCAGGCCGGUAAGACGAACGCGGUUGGCGUUAAUGAUUUCUCGAAGCAAGCCUCUGCCUUCCCCAUGGCGGAUCAGUCCGAUUUAGCCAUGCGUCUGGAAGGUUGCGCAAUCGAGCAGUUGUCCUCUGACAACGGCGACAUGCUUAUCAUUCUUAGAGACGGCAGCUUGGCUAUCUUGUCCUUCAAAUUGGAUGGUCGGUCCGUUUCCGGUCUAUCCAUUCGGAGAGUCACUCAGGACAAGGGCGGCUUCGUCGUCCAGACAGCAGCAUCGUGCGCUAGCAGCCUUGGACGUGGUAGAAUGUUCCUUGGCAGUGAAGAGGGUGAUUCUGUAGUGCUUGGAUGGACGCGAAAGACGGCUCAAUUGUCGAGAAAGCGUUCGCACGCUGAAAUGCUUGCGGACGAUGCCGAUCUGUCAUUUGAUGAAGACGACCUUGAGGAUGAAGACGACUUGUAUGCCGAUGGCGCGACGACUACCAAAGCAAGCGCCGCCUCCACCGACGCGACCGAUCCAGGAAGUUACACAUUCCGUGUCCAUGAUGUGCUGCCUAGUCUGGGCCCGAUCAACGAGAUUGCUCUGGGCAGUCAUAGAAGUCCUGCCGCCUCUGGCCCUUCUAAAAAAUCCCCCGAACAGCUUGAUCUCAUUCUCUCGACUGGUCGUGAUAAAGCUGCCGCUCUCACCAUUGCCAAUCGCGCAAUCGACCCCACCGUUCUACGCAAACUGGAUUACAAAACUGCUCGUGCUGUCUGGAGCGUGCAUGCAAAGAAGCCUGCUCCGAAAGGCAUGGUGCCAACAGGUGAUCACGAUGCCGAAGCAAAUCUGGCGGCGGAUGUCGACUACGAUCAGUUUUUGAUUGUAUCCAGAGCGAACAAAGAGGGCGGCGAGGAGAGCGCAAUCUAUGAGAUCAAGGCCAAUGGGUUCGAGGAGACGACCAAGGGAGAUUUUGAAAGGGAAGAUGCGGCGACGAUUUCCGUGGGCAUCAUUGCACAGGGCACCAGGAUUGUGCAGGUCCUGAGGAAUGAAAUUAGAAGCUAUGAUUCCGAACUAGGACUUGACCAGAUCCUUCCAAUGGAAGAUGAAAACGGCAAUGAGCUUCGCAUUAUCAGCGCUAGCUUCGCGGAUCCGUACGUUUUGAUUCUCCGAGAUGAUUCCAGCGUCAUCGUCCUUGAAGCCAGCGCAAACGGCGAAAUGGAGGAGAUGGAUAGAGGCGAUGCACUGCUGGCCACGAAGUGGCUAUCAGGAUGCAUUUUCAAGUCGGCUGUCACUGGUGGCAAGCCGCUUGUUCAUCUCCUUAGCGACGAGGGUGGCAUGCACGUUUUUGAAUUACCGAACUUGGCGAAGCCAGCAUAUGUCGUUGCGAGUCUCACUUUCCUGCCACGCAUUCUGUCUGCAGAUUUCUCGCCCCGCCGAACUGCUGCCAAAGCUGCUUUGACGGAGAUACUGGUGACGGAAUUGGGCGACUCAACUGCCAAGAGUCCUUUCCUGAUAGUUCGCACUGCCGCCAACGAUCUUGUCAUUUACCAACCGUACCACCAUCCUGCUCGGGAACCAUCCCAGUCGUUCACGACCAAUCUUUGCUGGCUCAAGGUCUCUCAGCCACGUCUGCCAGAAUAUUCUGAAGAACCCGGCCUGGAAUCAGAUGAACAAAGUACGAGCAGAGAAAGCCUCUUGACCGCUUUGCCAAAUAUUGGCGGUUAUAGCACCGUUUUCAUGGCUGGCACAAGUCCUAGCUUUGUGCUGAAAGAGGCAUGCACAACCCCGAAGGUACUCAAAUUGCAGGGCGGGGCGGUAAAGAACUUGACUGCAUUCCACACCGCAGGCUGUGAUCGGGGCUUUGCCUUUGUGGAUGUUGAGGGCGUCUUGCGUGUUUGCCAGCUACCUCGCCACUAUCGUUUUGGAGACAUUGGUUGGGCUGUCCGAAAGGUACACAUGGGCCAAGAUAUCCAGGCCAUUACGUAUCACGCUCAGAAAGAUGCGUAUGUUGUUGCUUUGGCGGCCAAGCAAGAUUUUGUUCUUCCAGAGGAUGAGCACCAUCACGACUGGCUUGACGAGAACAUCGCGUUCCGGCCUCAAGUGGAACAUGGGACCAUCAAGGUCUUUGAUCCCCAGAAUUGGUCCAUCAUCGACGAAUUCCAACUCGAACCGACUGAGACCGUUCUCACAAUCAAGACCCUUAACCUCGAAACCUCCGAAAACACACAUGAACGCAAGCCUCUCAUCGCCGUCGGAACGGGCUUUAUCCGCGGCGAAGACUUGCCGUCGCGCGGCUGCAUCUACAUCUUUGAGGUCAUCAACGUGGUGCCCGAGCCUAGUCGUCCUGAGACAAACCGCAAGCUCAAGCUUAUCGCCAAGGAAGAGGUCCGUGGCAACGUCACCGCAAUCACAGAGGUGGGAAGCCAAGGCUUCUUGUUGAUGGCACAAGGCCAGAAGUGUAUGGUCCGAGGACUGAAGGAGGAUGGCACGCUGCUGCCCGUUGCCUUCAUGGACAUGCAAUGCUAUGUAACAGUGGCGAAGGAGCUGAAAGGCACGGGUAUGCUGUUGCUGGCCGACGUGGCGAAGGGGUUAUGGUUCACUGGCUACACCGAGGACCCCUACAAAAUGCUGCUGUUCGGUAAGAGCCGAUCGCACAUGGAGGUCAUGGCCGCAGACUUCCUCCCUCACGAAAAGCUGCUGUACAUGGUCGUAGCCGACGCCGACUGCAACCUGCACAUCCUGCAAUACGACCCGGAGCACCCCAAGUCCCUCUCGGGCCAACGCCUCCUCAACAAAUCGACCUUCCAUACGGGCCACUUCACGACGGGCAUGACGCUGCUCCCCUCGACCCUCAGCCCGAGCAUCAACGCGCUCGACGAGGCGGAGAACCCCGACGAGGACGCCAUGGCAGUCGACGCGCAGCAGCAGGCGUUCGCACCCCCAGGCUCGGCGCACAACCUCCUGCUGACGACGCAGGCGGGCGCGCUCACGCUGCUCACGCCCGUCGACGAGCAGAUGUACCGGCGGCUGGGCGCGCUGCAGACGUUCCUGGUCAACAGCGCGGGGCUGGAGCACUGGUGCGGGCUGAAUCCGCGGGCGCACCGCGCGGUCGAGAGCGAGGGCUUUGGCGGGAGGGGCGUUGUGGAUGGGGCCGUGUUGGCUAGGUGGAGCGAGCUGGGCGAGCAGCGCCGCAGGGAGGCGUGCGCCAAGGUCGGCGUCGCCGAGUGGGUCGUUAGGAGCGAUUUGGAGUUUGUGGGCGGCGGGGGGCUGGGCUAUCUCUAGUCUGCGGUUGGGGGUGGUGUGUAUGAGUCUGGAGUGUGCGAAGUAGGUAGCUCGUCAAUGAUGAUUU